AAUCAUUUUCGGUGUCAAUUAUUUUUACCCAACCCAGAAUCCCAGAUCAGCUCAUAUCUUCGUCGGCAAGUGAUCAGUCCGUAAAUCUUCAUCUUUUUCUUGCCAAGUGAACUGAAUUUCUGGUCUAGUAGCAAGUUAGAGGAGCAUUUCUGUGGAAAGCACUGAUUUUCCGUCAACUUCUAUUGCGUGAGGAUACAUUAUAGUCUUUCUUACAUCAUUAUUCGUUUCUUAUCUCUUGCCUCUGUUUCUCAAAUUUUCUGCUUCCUCAAACGAGAAAAGGCGCAGAGGAUGAAGGCACUUAUUCUUGUUGGAGGCUUUGGCACUCGUUUGAGGCCACUGACAUUAAGUGUCCCUAAGCCACUAGUGGAUUUUGCUAAUAAACCAAUGAUCUUGCAUCAGAUUGAGGCUCUUAAGGCUAUCGGAGUGACUGAAGUGGUUCUUGCAAUCAAUUACCAGCCAGAAGUGAUGCUGAAUUUCCUGAAAGACUUCGAGGCAAAGCUUGGGAUCAAGAUCACAUGCUCACAAGAGACUGAGCCACUUGGAACUGCAGGCCCCCUUGCUUUGGCUAGGGACAAGCUGGCAGAUGGUUCUGGCGAGCCAUUUUUUGUUCUGAACAGUGAUGUUAUCAGUGAAUAUCCACUCAAAGAGAUGAUUGAAUUCCACAAAUCGCAUGGGGGUGAGGCUUCCAUUGUGGUAACUAAGGUGGAUGAACCUUCAAAAUAUGGGGUUGUUGUCUUGGAAGAAUCGACUGGACAGGUGGAGAGGUUUGUGGAGAAGCCAAAACUAUUUGUUGGCAACAAAAUUAAUGCUGGCAUUUACCUUCUGAACCCUUCUGUUCUUGAUCGAAUUGAAUUGAGGCCCACUUCAAUUGAGAAAGAAGUGUUCCCAAAAAUUGCAGCAGAGAAAAUGCUUUAUGCUAUGGUUUUGCCUGGGUUCUGGAUGGACAUUGGACAGCCGAGGGAUUACAUCACUGGCCUGCGAUUGUAUCUGGAUUACUUGAGGAAGAAAGAUGCCUCAAAAUUGGCUUCUGGAACUCAUAUUGUUGGAAAUGUUCUUGUGCAUGAGAGUGCCAAAAUAGGAGAGGGUUGCUUGAUUGGACCUGAUGUUGCAAUUGGCCGUGGAUGUGUGGUUGAGGCAGGUGUUAGACUCUCACGCUGCACGGUAAUGCAUGGAGUUCGCAUCAAGAAACAUGCCUGCAUCUCAAGCAGUAUCAUUGGCUGGCACUCGACAGUUGGGGAGUGGGCUCGUGUGGAGAACAUGACCAUUUUGGGAGAAGAUGUUCAUGUUUGUGAUGAAAUCUACAGCAACGGCGGUGUAGUUUUGCCCCACAAAGAGAUUAAAUCAAGCAUCUUGAAGCCAGAGAUUGUUAUGUGAAACUGUGUUGCUAGCUCUAGGUGAUAGAGACUUCAUAUUUCUCAUAUUUAUGUGUGUUCUUUCCCCACCUUUUUUUUUUGGCUCCUCUUCAAAUGUAAAAUUUAGCCUGAGCAAGUUUGAGUGAAUUGAGCAAUUUGGUGAAAGGAGACGAGUAUAGGUCACUGGUGUGAAAUAUGUAAUAUUUCCUGUAUGUAGAAAUAAAUUAUUGGUUGUUGGAGAACGAAAAGUAAUUUUAGCUUUCCGUUAAACUUUCAAUAA